ACAUGUGGUACAGCUGAUUGGCGGUUUUGUUGUUGGAAAAGUGAGUAAAAACAAUUUUAAAACAAAUUUUCUUAUUGUUCUCGUUAAUUUCUACACUCUAAAGUAUCAUCGGAUGUGUUUAUAUUGAGUGAAUAAUCAUUAUUGAAAAAAUUCUGACCGCAUUUUCAUCUUUGUUGUCAUAUAUGGUAUUUAUGCAACACGUGUGCCGCGGCAUUAUAAUGAUUUUUAGAUCGUUGAUUAAUGUUUCCAGUAAAUAAUGAGAGUAAUAAAAAUUUUACAUAUUUUUCCUGUGGAAUUAAUUGGAAAAAAAGUUUUAAUAGUUUGAUGGAAGCAAUACAUCAGGUGUGAAAUAUUGUGCAAGUGCCAAGGAAGUGAUUGCGUGAAGCUGGAAACUUGGAAACAAAAUCUAAAGCUGAACUUGAAGGAAUUUCAAUAUAGUUCUUUUGCGUAUUUGCGGAUAUUUGGAGUCAAUGCGGUGACGAUAAAAUUUGAAACGUGAUUCUUUCCACGGAAGCUGUAUAUGCAGUAACGUGCGUGUUUUCGGUGAUGAAGAGUGUAUUUGGACAAUUUUUUAAAGUGAGUGCUUCUUAAUAACAUUGGAAAAAUUCAUCGACAACAUUGUUCCCAGAUUCUAGAAGAAUUUUGGGGAUAGGAUCGUAAAUAAAAAGAACUUUCCCUCGCAACGAUAUUACUUUACUUGAAAGAGAAAACGAUCGCAAGCCGACUCUGUAAUCUGGAUUCAAUCGACCUGCAUUGGCCAAGACAUUUAUCUCGUGGAUAAAUGUACAGGUGAGUCCCGUCAAUUCGCAAAUAUAUAAGCUGUAAGAAACUGUUAUCUGUGAUCGAGCCGCAAGGAUGCAAACUCCUGGAGGGCUCCUGUGAUAAGUAAAUUGAAUUAAGGGAAUUAUUUGUUAUGGACGUUCUCACCUAUAAUAAUCAUCAGGAAAUCGUUCGCGUGAAUUCGAUCGAUGAUGAGGCUGAGCUUGAGUCACAAACCGAUGAGGAUCAAGAGGAUGUUGCAUCCUAUGACGAGGGUUCACUCUGUACAAUCAGCGAAAUUGACGCCACAGGCGAAAAAUCAACAGCACUUCCGUUUCGAAAGAGUCUCUUUGCUAACGUUGCGCCUUACAUUGCCUUUCAAUCCUACGAAUGUAAUGGCUCAAGUUUACCACACGAAGUCACGAAACACUUAAAAUGGCGAUUGAGCACAAUAACACCACAACUUGUUCGACGUACACUCAUCAAUUCUGGUUAUCGAUUGUUAAAAAAAUCCCAAGACUGGUGCGGUACAUGGGGCAAACACAUGACAUCAGUAUCGUUCAAGAGCAUUAAAGAAUCACAGAAAAUCAAUCAUUUUCCCGGUACAUUUCAAAUUGGCCGCAAAGAUCGCCUAUGGCGUAAUUUUAAUCGUAUGAUGAUUAAAUAUGGUAAAAAAGAAUUUGACUUUAUACCACGAACAUAUGUGCUUCCACAGGAUUUAAGGAGUUUUCGUCAAAUAUGGGAGAAGCAGGGCAACAAAGAAAAAUGGAUUAUCAAACCACCGGCAUCGGCGCGUGGCACUGGUAUUCGUGUUGUUAAUAAAUGGUCACAAAUACCAAAGAAACGGCCAAUUAUCGUUCAACAAUAUAUUGCAAAACCAAUGCUCAUUGACGGUGCCAAGUUCGAUCUUCGUCUCUAUGUUCUUGUCACAAGUUUCAAUCCACUUCGCAUCUACCUCUAUCCAAAUGGACUCGUUCGUUUUGCCUCCGUCAAAUACAGCGAUGACAUUAAUUAUCUCAGCGAUCGUUUUAUGCAUCUCACCAAUUAUAGUAUCAAUAAAUCAAGUGCUUCCUAUACAAACAACGAUAGUCCCGAUUCAUGUUCAGGACACAAAUGGACCAUCAAGACAUUGUGGAAUUAUCUUGAGAAACGACAAGUGAAUGUUGAAAAAUUAUGGUCAACUAUGAAGGAAAUGGUGAUUAAAACAAUGAUUGCCGGUGAAUCGUCAAUUAAUGGAUUCACCAAGGCAAACGUUAAUUCAAGAUACAAUUGUUAUGAAUUAUUUGGUGUUGAUAUUCUUCUUGAUGAAAAUUUAAAACCGUGGCUAUUGGAAGUAAAUAUAUCGCCAUCAUUACAAUCGGCAUCGCCAUUGGAUGUUGCUGUUAAGGGUCCAUUAAUUAGAAAUGUAUUCAAUAUUGUUGGCUAUCAAUUGCCAAUAUGUUUGGGACAACAGGAAAUUGAUAAUUUAGCAAAACGUUAUCAAUUUGAACCAGUUUGUCAGGAUUAUCGAUUACAUCGAAUGACAUUGAGCUUUCAGGAACGACAAAAACAAUAUCAAUAUGUUAAUACACAAGAUCGCGAUGAUUAUUUAGAUGAAAUUAUUGAUGAUUUAACGCCCGAUGAUGUGAGACAUUUAAUUGUUUAUGAAGAUGAACUCACGCAAUUGGAUAGGUUUGAGAAAAUUUUUCCCACUGCCACUAGCCAUGAAUAUUUUCAUUAUUUUGAAACGCCGAGAUAUUACAAUAUGUUGCUCGAUGCUUGGGAAGCGAAAUAUGCCAAUAAUCGGGAUGAGGGCAUUGCUCGAUUGCAAAAACUUUGCAAGACUAAGUAUCAUUUGCAGCAUAAUGUUUAGGCUAAAUUAUAUAAAUAUUUAUGUAUACACUGCCAUUGUCACCCUGAUAAAUGCUCUUUCAGUAUAUUAUAAUGAUUUAUAGUUAGAUAGGAUAUGAAUUCUUUUUUUUUAGCUCAUAAAAUUCGUGCCAAAAAUUCAUGAUGAAAAUAAUAUGCUGUCAAAUAUUUUUUAAAUUAUACGGGUGCCAAAAAAAAAUUAAUAACAAAAAUUUACUGAUAUUUAGAAAAUUUUUUCCAUGUCAAAAAGAGAAAGAAAGAAUCUAAUUAAAAAAUACUGGAUUUCAGCUAUGACGCACGACUUUUCGUCGUGUAAAAAAAGAUUAUCUAAAUUAAAAAAAUACUUGUAUUUAAAUUUGAAAAAAAAAUUUUUUACUGAAAUUGAAAAAAUUACUGAAUUUCAACAAAACUUUAAAAAAGGAGAUUUUUUUUAUUUUAAGAUACUAGUACUUAAUUUAAGAAAAGCUUUUUGAUGAAAUUAAGAAAUUUUACUACAUUUCAUUCAAAAGAAAACUUAAUACAAAUUCAGAAUUAAUUUUUGGCAUGGAUUUUUUUUAUGAGUAUAAAUCGAUUAGUAAUUAGCAAAAUCGAUUUUUUUUUUGCAUAAAGUCUUUGCUUUUUUUUACUGAAAAGAAGCGCGAUGUUAGCAAUUAUUAUAGUGUUCAAAAAAAUUAGAAAAAAAUAGAUAAAAAAUACACAGCCAAAUUUUAAUAAUUUUUAUCCGGCUUUAUUCUCAAAUUAAAUAGAAAAUUUAUAGAUGAAAAAAUUUGAAGAAUCAUUUUUUAAAUUCACAUUGUUAAUUCAUUAUUCAUUGUUUUUAUUAAUUACCUGCGAGAUUUGUUCGAAUUUUGUUUUUUUUUGUUUUUAAACGAGUGAUUCAAGUAUGUAAAUGGAUAUUUAUUAUCUCUGCUUUUUUUUAAAAAGAGUAUAUAAAAAUAAAAAUUGUUACUUAAGGAUUUAUUAUUAUUUAAUAAUAAUUAUUGAACUGCCUGUAAUUUUUGAAAAUAUUAAUUUUUAUAAAAAAAAAAUUAUUUUUAACCGCUGGACUGGUAUUUGUCACAAAAAAAAAUAUAAUCUCCGAAACACUGAUAAUUGAAAUAAAAUAUAAAAAUUAUAAAGAUAUUCGAAAAUUUCGAGAGUCUAAAAAAACAAGUUCACGAGAUUUUUGCUAAGAAAUAUCUAAAGAAACAAAAAAACAAAUUGAAAAAAUGUGAUAAAUUGACGUCGAUGAAAAUAUAUACUCUAUUUAUGAGAAUAAUAUUGUUUUCACAUUUCAUCGACAACAAAUUCACGUAAUUUUUGUGCCUUCAUUAUCAGAAUCAUAUAUAUAUUGUCAUCGUGAUAUCCAUGUACUGAAUCUGAUUUUAAUAUACAUCAUUUUUCAUUAA